CGUGUAGGAUGUACGAACCGAGAGAAAAAGUGAUUUGGUUCGCGGUAAUCUCCCGCCUAGGGAUUAUUUUCCUACAAUUUAUAUCAAACUUAGUGCUACCAGACCACGACGCAGGAGUGUUUAUCAGUCCGGUGGAUGCUGACCGGGAAACUACAUCGGUUUUAGAUAGGACGGUUGAUUAUGUACUGAGUGGUCUUUUUAGAUGGGAUUCCCAAUAUUUUAUUCACAUCGCAAAGUACGGCUAUACGUACGAAAAUACUCUGGCAUUCUCUCCUCUGUAUCCGAUCGCUGUAAGAUGCGUAGCAAAGAUUCUGACUAUAAUAUUACCUAUUCUGAAUCGACAUAGUCUCACAAUGAUCGUAGCUACGUUGAUAAAUUUUGUUUGUUUCAUCAAAUCGGCGACAAUUUUUUUUGAUCUCAGUAAAAACGUGUUGAAGGAUACAGCCCUGGCUUACAAGGCUGCAAUUUUGUACUGCGUCAAUCCUGCUAGUAUAUUUUUUACCGCUUUUUACUCAGAGGCAAUGUUCGCCUAUCUAUCUUUCAACGUAAUGCUAGCAUACACCGAAGACAAUGCUUUUAUUUAUUUACCUAUAGCACUGUCAACACUUGUUAGGUCUAAUGGGUUGAUAAACAUGGGCUUUCCUUUAUACUCUCUGAUCAGGGGUGUUUUGAAGAUAGUUCUUCCUAGAGUGAGUAAGAACUUUCAAAACCAGCCCAGAGAGUCAUCCUUGCCUUAUGGAUGCGCUUCUAUUUUAAGUGCCAUUGCUUGGUUUCUCAAUAUCGUAUUUUUGUCCAUCAUACCUUAUGUUUUACUCCAAUUAUAUAACUACAGUUUAUUCUGUCUGGGUAAUGAAAUGCAGAUGCCAAUUCCUGUGCGUGAUUAUGGCUUAGAGAAAGGAUUUCUACUAGCUGGUACUACAAAUCCGCCUUGGUGCGAGGAUCAGAUUCCCACUGCAUAUUCAUAUGUUCAAAAAAAAUAUUGGGAUGUCGGUUUAUUGCAGUAUUACAAUGUUAAACAAAUACCUAAUUUUCUUCUUGCUUCUCCCAUUCUGUUUAUCAUACUAAGUCAUAGUUUAAAAUACCUGAAUGAGCAUAGAGUUGAGUUGUACACGUUAGGAAGCUUCUCUAGUAUUGGUAAAAGCAAAGAAAGAUUUAAAUAUACAGCACAGUCAGGGGACAUGUUCGUAUUUGUAAUUCAUGGACUAUUUCUGACAAUAUUCUGCAUUCUAUUUGUGCAUAUCCAAGUCAGCACGCGUUUGUUGUGCUCCGCCAGUCCUCUUCUUUACUGGUAUUGCGCAUCAGAUAUCUCAAGUAAGUCAGAGAGUAGAAAUGAACAUUUCAGAGAUAUUGAAUCACCUGAAAAUUGUUGUUCAAAAUGGAGGGUCUUUCUUUUCUUCCAAAAAAGUUACUCCAAAAAUGACGUUUUGAUUCUUUCAUACUUUCUUGGGUACUUAAUUCUGGGUUGUAUAUUGUUCCCCAAUUUCCUUCCCUGGACGUAAGGAUAAUGAGUUUUUCCACCAAAAUAAGAACGAAGUCAUUGAUUUUUCAUUUAAUGUAGUUUAUUAAAAAAUAAAUCUAUGUACAAAGUGCUA